AUGGCGCCGACCGGAGGAGGCAAUGUGAAGGUGGUGGUGCGUGUGCGGCCGUUCAAUAAGCGUGAAAUCGAGCGAAAUGCCGCCUGUGUGGUGCAGAUGCAAGGUGCGCAGACCGUCCUGUCACCGCCGCCAGACGCAGAUGCGAAAAAGGGCAGUAAAGGCAUAUACGACGGCAACAAGACCUUCAAGUUCGACAAGUCAUACUGGUCCUUCGACAAGAAUGACAAGCACUUUGCGGGCCAGGACAAUCUAUUCGGCGACUUGGGAACACCACUACUGGACAACGCUUUCGGAGGGUACAACAAUUGUAUAUUCGCGUAUGGACAGACAGGUUCGGGCAAGUCAUACAGUAUGAUGGGCUACGGCGAUGAGGCUGGUGUGAUACCGCGUAUUUGUCGAAACAUGUUCGAGCGGAUCGACCAGAUUCAGAAUGAUCCGAACCUGAAAUGCACAGUUGAAGUGUCGUACCUCGAAAUUUACAACGAGCGUGUUCGGGAUCUGCUUAAUCCGAAGACUAAGGGUAAUCUCAAAGUGCGAGAGCAUCCUUCGACUGGUCCAUACGUCGAAGAUCUGGCAAAGCUGGCAGUGCGGUCGUUCCCAGAGAUUGAGAACCUAAUGGACGAGGGCAACAAGGCCCGAACAGUUGCCGCAACCAACAUGAACGAGACCUCAUCUCGAUCUCAUGCAGUUUUCACCUUGACUCUGACACAGAAACGCCAUGAUAUCGAAACCAAUAUGGACACCGAGAAGGUUGCCAAGAUCAGUCUGGUCGAUCUGGCAGGCUCAGAGCGUGCUACAUCUACUGGUGCAACAGGGGCUCGCCUGAAAGAGGGUGCCGAAAUCAACAGAUCUCUAUCUACCCUAGGUCGAGUCAUAGCUGCCCUGGCUGAUCUCUCAUCUGGAAAAGCGAAGACGGUCAAGGUGCCGUACAGAGACUCGGUCUUGACUUGGCUGUUAAAGGACUCGCUCGGUGGCAACAGUAUGACUGCCAUGAUUGCAGCCAUCUCGCCCGCAGACAUCAACUUCGAGGAGACUCUGAGCACACUGAGGUACGCCGACUCCGCCAAACGCAUCAAGAAUCAUGCUGUGGUCAACGAAGAUCCGAACGCACGCAUGAUCAGGGAACUCAAAGAAGAGCUUGCUCAACUUCGAAGCAAGCUGGCUGGUGGGGCUGGAUCCGGUCCCGGAGAAGCUUCGUAUCCUGAAGGGACACCACUCGACCAGCAGUUCGUCACUAUCACGCAAGCAGACGGGUCAACGAAACAGGUCAGCAAGGCGGAGAUCAUGGAGCAGCUCGGCCAGAGUGAGAAGCUGUACAAGGAUCUCAACGAGACGUGGGAAGAGAAGCUGCUCAAGACAGAGGCCAUCCAUAAGGAGCGCGAAGCAGCUCUUGAAGAGCUCGGCAUCAGCAUUGAGCACGGCAAUGUCGGUAUGAGCACUCCCAAGAAGAUGCCUCAUUUGGUCAACCUCAGUGACGACCCACUUCUCGCGGAAUGUCUAGUGUACAAUCUGAAGCCAGGCAUCACGACAGUUGGCAACGUUGACGCGUCAGAAAGCUCAGAGAUACGGCUGAACGGCUCCAAGAUAUUAGCGCACCACUGCAAGCUUGAGCAUGCCGAUAACAUCGUCACUGUGGUCCCUGCUGAUGGUGCUGCCGUUAUGGUCAAUGGAAAACGGGUGGACAAGCCCACCAGAUUAAGAAGUGGUCAUCGACUCAUUCUUGGCGACUUCCAUAUCUUCCGCUUCAAUAAUCCGCUGGAGCAAAGGCCGAGCUUGGGCUCGCCAACACCCUUCCGUCCUGGCCACGAGCGGACGUAUAGUAAGGCUGGCUCGGACAUCGAUGCCGAUUCCAGUAGAGCCGAGUCACCUAUGCCAGGCCACCGAGAAUCUGACUGGUCUUUCGCACGACGAGAGGCUGCCAACGCACUCUUUGGGACUGGAGAGAAAAUCAACCAAAUGACUGAUGAUCAGCUGGAUGCGUUGUUUGAGAACAUCCAGAGAGCUCGGGAAGAACGUAGGGGGCGUCCGAUUCUUUCUGACAACGAAGACGAUUCAGAUGAGUUCAGCUCCUUUCUUGUUAGAGACAAGUACAUGUCUGGCGGUACCAUGGACAAUUUCUCGUUGGACACUGCCCUCACUAUGCCUGGUACACCUUCGUUAUCAGACGUCACAGACCAAGACGGCGAACUCACGCUCAAAGCCAACCAGCUUCAUAUGCCGGACAAGCUAGAUGUGCAACACGCACAAUUCGAAGGAGGACUCGAAGCACAACAGUCGCCGGGGAUCUCAGAUCUUGUUCAAGAGGAGCAGGCAGCAAAGAUGCGACAGGAACUCGAGCGCCAAAAGCAAGAGUUUGAAGAAGAGCUUCGUAAACAAAAAGAGGAGUUUGAAGACCAGAAGCGCAAGUGGGAGAUCGAAAAGCGUGCCGGGCGACCUCCAGAGCUUACUGCGGCAGAGAAGUCGACCGCUCGACUGGUCGUGGACAAAUGGCAGCAGCGGAAAAAUGUUGCCAUCGCAGAAAACAUCCUGCAAUAUGCUGGCCUGCUCAAGGAAGCCCAAGUGAUGAGCAGACUUCUUGAACAGGAAACCGUCUUCCAGUUCGCCAUACUUGAUGCCGGCGAGGAUCACGGAUCGUCAUACGAUCUGAUCCUUUCUGACAUCUCUGGGAAUGAAGACGUGGCACUGCAAGAUGCCCGGAAGCCCUGUCUCGCGGUCAGAGUAAUCGAUCAUCAAUUUUCCAGCAUUCAUCUGUGGUCCAUCGAGAAGCUGCAGCAGCGCCUGGCAAAGAUGCGCCAAAUGUACCACUACAAAGAUCAGCCAGACUACAUACAGCACUUCCGCCUCGACAAUCCCUUCCGAAAUACGGAUCAGCACUGUACUCGUUGA